AUGAAGCUCAUAUCUCUUCUGUUACUGACGGGAGCGCCGUCCGUUCUGGCAAACUGCAAAUGCACUCCAACAAACAGCUGCUGGCCCUCAGCCUCGAAGUGGAAGGGCCUCAACACCACUGUUAACGGGGCCCUCAUCGCCAACGAGCCUCUCGCCAAAUCAUGCUACGCUGGUAUUGGCACUGACCCCUCGCAGUGUCAGGAAAUCAGCAAGAUCUAUGACCUGACUUCCUUCCGAGAGUCAUCUCCAAUUGGAUACGCUUAUCCGGUCAUUGAGACCUGUGCUCCAGUCAAUGGCUCUAUCGCUGGAGUUCCGGUGUGUGAUUUGGGCACUUCGUCGGUUUAUAGUGUCAACGCGACCAAGCCGACGGAUGUCGCAGCUGGUAUCAAGUUUGCUAAAGAAAACAAUGUCCGGCUGGUAAUCAAGAAUACUGGUCAUGAUGUCAGGGCACGAUCUCAGGGAUAUGGAAGCUUGUCUAUCUGGAUGAAACAUAUGAAGCCGGAACUCCAGUUCCAAGACAGAUACCAGCCAUCCAACAGCUCAUGUCAAUCUAAUUGGACCGGAAGUGCGAUUGUCGUUGGAGGCGGGUAUAUCUGGAAGGAGGUAUACGCAUACGCGGCGAAACACGGGCAUAUUGCCGUUGGUGGCUCUUCCGAGGUAAAUAUCCAACUCAAUGACCAUGUGUGUAUGACCUUGCUAACGGUUUGCCUUCAGACUGUCGGUGCAGUUGGAGGAUACAUCCAAGGGGCCGGUCAUGGCCCGGCUACUCAUGAUUUUGGACUCGCAGCAGAUCAGGUCCUCGAGUACAAGGUUGUGCUUGCAUCCGGUGAAAUUGUCAUCGCAAACGAUUGCUCAAAUGUAGACCUCUUCGCCGCGCUCCGUGGUGGUGGUGGUGGUACCUUUGGUGUUGUGGUAUCGGCCACUAUCAGAGUUUACCCUACAAGGCCCAUUCUGAAGCACUCUUUUGUGCUCGCACCACCAAGCACCAACCUGUCUACUUUGAUGAACGCCACCGCAUCGGUUCUCUCCAAAUACCCUGCUCUUUCGGAUGCAGGAUUUUCCGGAAAUGCGCAAAUUACACGGAAGCUUGGAAGCAAAACAAUCUACAGUCAUAAUUUCGCAAAGAUGCUGUCACCGAAUGUCUCUUCAGUCAAAUUGUCAUCUGAAAUCGAAGAAGCGAAAAGGGUCAUGAACAGGCAGCUUGUUGAUUUCCUACGGCCACUCAAUGGGACCGGGCUUACUGUGAUCUCGAAAUUUGAAAAGUUUGAUACUUUCCAGACUUACUUCGCAAGUGGCACUCACGAGUCGGCUGGAUUGAACUACCCCAGUCCUGCCAUGGUGUCUCGCUUCUUUGACAAGCAGUCCCUCAUCAACAACCACAAGAAUAUCACAACUAUGCUGAAGGCAAUCUUCCCUGAAAGCAACUCGAAGGUCCAAGCCAUCGCAUCUUUGCUGGAGCUCUCUCUCGUCGGCGGCGGGGAAGUUCUCAAGCCCAAGCCAAAUACCGCUAUUCACCCAGGAUGGCGAAGCACUUAUUUGUUCAUGGAAAACUUCGAUGUGCCCCCUGCUGAUAGCGGAUUGCAAGGCGUUCGCCAAGUCAGACAGUACGCGAUUUCGAAGAAACUGAACGCGAUGAAGGCUGCUGCUCCUGGCAUCGGCACCUACAUGAAUGAGGCCGAUCCGGAUGAUCCAGACUGGAAGGAAGACUUUUAUGGUGACCGAUAUGAGUGGCUGACAUCCGUUAAGCAGAAGUAUGAUCCCGAGGGGUUGUUCUGGUGCUAUCGCUGUGUUGGCAGUGAGGGUUGGGAAGAGAUUACCGGUCCGACCCUCUACGGGCCUCUCUGUAAAGCCAAGUAA